AUGUUGUUAAAUCAUUUAUCAAAAUUUCAUAUUCAAACAUUAGAUGCACCAAUCGAUAUUGAACAAAUAAAACUGUUGAAUCAAUCAUUAGAAAAUGAAAUUAAUGAAAAACAAAGUGGAAUUUAUGAUUUGUAUCAAGAAAAAUCGGCGAGAAUUGAAGUUGCUGAUGAUAAAUCAGCAUCAUUAAUUAGUAGAUUCGAACAAUUACAAGAUAAACGAAAAGAAUUACAAUUACAAAUUGACGAAUGUUCUCGAAUUGAAAGUCAAGCAAAAAAUGUGAAUAGUAAUUACCAUCAAAUCCAUCGUUUAGAUCGUUUUAUAGAUGGAAUAAAACGUUUAAUUGAAUUAGAAAAUGUGAUUCUUGAUUGUGGUCAAUUAUUGAAGAAAGGUAAUUUAUGUGCAGCAAAAGUAUUAUUUCAAUCUAUUGGAUCGAUUAUCCAUGAUUCAUAUUUGUUUCCUGCAAAUGACAAUUAUAAACAAUAUUAUCCAUUGUAUGAAAAAUUGAAACGUGCAAUAAGACAAUUAGAAAUUAGUAUAUCUAAAUUACAUACAACAUUAUGGAAUGACGCUAUUAUAUUUGACGAUAUAAAAAUCACGUUAUCAUUACAUCAUUUGGAUAAUUUAUUUCAGUGUACAUUUGAUACGGAUAGUGAAUGUUCAAUAAUUGAAAAACAAAUUAAAUCAUUUGCAGUACUAUGUCAAACGUCAUUAUUUCAGAAUAAUGAUAAACAAUAUUAUAAAGUGAAUGUCGAACGUUUGAAUGAGAAUGAUCAAACAUUUAUUCUGAUUAAAAUUAAUCAAAAAGAAGAAGAAGGAGAAGAAGAAGAAGAACUACAACAACAAAAUGAAAUCAAGCGAUUUACUUAUGUUAUUAGUCAAUUACAUGUAUUAUUCGAUACAUUAUCAAUGUAUCUACUUUCUCGACAGAUCAAUUGGAAAUCACCCACCACAGUUAUGAGCAUCUAUAGUAAAGAGAUAAAAAAUGAUUUUAUCGAUUCAAUACGUCAGAAAUUAUUGAAUUUAAUCCCGAAUAAUACGGAAAAUAUUGAUUUAUUCAAAAAUUUAUUGAAUGUAUUAGCAGAAUUUGAAGAAUAUUUGAAAAAAAUACAUUUUUUCGACACUCAUGAUACGAAUGUUUUUCUUAGUGUUGUAAACAAUUUAGAUGAAUCAAUAAUUAAAAGUAAAUGUCGCUUAUAUUUACAACAAGCAAGAGAUCUAUUAUUAACACAUCAAAACUAUGAUAAUAAAUUGAAUACAAUGACUUAUGGUGAUGAUAAACAAGUUUAUGAUAUGAACGAAUUGGAUAAACAACAGAGAAAAACAGAUAUGAAUUAUUGUCUAUCAUCAUUUAAUAUGGAUGAAAUUGAUUCAAAUAUGUUUCGUUUUCCAAAAUCGAUUAUUAUUGAACAUGUUUAUGAAUAUGUCAAUUUGAUCAAAACUGUUUUGAUCGAAGCUCAAAGUUUAGAUCAAUAUGCAUCUCAUUUGUGUGCUACAGCUCGAAAUAUAAUGGAAUUAUUUCAUACCAUUUAUUCAAAUAUCCAUAUUCAAAAAGCCCUCGAAUUUCCCUAUUUGACUGCCAUUCAGUUUAAUACGUACAUGUACGUAGCGCAUGAGUGUUUAUUAUUAGGUCAACAAUUUCAAGGUUUAAAAUCUAAAACAAGUGAUGGUCAUUUUACAUUUGUUGAUUAUGUUCCGUUAUUGAGAAAUCAAGCAGCAAACAUAUUAAAACAACAAAUUGAUACACAAAAACAUACAUUGACAAAAUUUAUCAAAGAUGUUGGCGGUCAUAUCUGUGAUCAUGUUAGCUUACAGUUAAUUAAUCAUACAUUAAUAUUAGAAGAUAUAGCUGAACAAGAUUCAAAAACAUUAUUAUCAUCAUUUACACAGUGGGCUCAAUUUUUACAAGAUAUUCUUGUUAAAGAUGAACAUAGUCCUGGAUUAAACAUUCUCGAACGUUUAUCACCAAAUAUAACACGAUUUAAUGAGUUGUGUUUAGUUUUAAAUAGUCCAUUACAAACAAUUGUUGAUCGGUGGUUUAAUGGUACAGGUCCAUUGGCCAGUUAUUUUGGACCGUUAGAAGUUAAACAAUUAAUUCGUGCUUUAUUUCAAAACACAGAAAGACGUACAGCUGCAUUAGCUAAAAUCACAUGA